AUGCAGAGGAUGCAGCCCCCAAUUGGUGGAGCGACUCCCUGUUUGGAUACUGGCAUCCGCUCCGCAUACCACCUCGCUGUCGAAACGCAACUAUUCCGAGUAAGCAAGUUUGUCUCAAACGAGUCCCGGUCCGUCCUCUAUGGCAUGAACACGUACAAAUUUACCAUCCAUGGAAGGGCCAUAUGGCCCAAGUCGCUGAGGAGCCCAUACGUUUUUGGAUCUCUUGGCCAUCCUCUCCGACUCGCGCUGCUACGUGACUUGCGUCGCAUCCACAUCAACGUUGUUGCUGACGUUGACAGCCACUGGGCAGUCAGGCGCCAAAGAGCACGCCUAGAAUACCUAGUCGAAAUCCUCAAGGAGCAUGCUGACGACCAAAACAAAGGGACCUUGUUGCAGCAUCUACGAGUCGACUUUCGGCUCGCCCGGGUUCCCGACCCAAGGCUUCUUCCACAUUAUCACUCGACCGAAUACUCGUACGAGCAAUUUCUUCGGCUUCCGAAGAGGGUAGAAAAGUACGUGUUUGGCCUAGAGAGUCUGGCACCGCUUCGUGGUAUCAAAGACGUGCAAGUCAACGGGCUCCCGUAUUGGUACACAAAGUGCAUGCAGCUUUGUAUACAAGGCAAAGGCGGCCAAGUGCAAGAGGCCGUCUGGCCACAGCUUCAAGUGAAGCGCAGCCGGGGUAAGGGUAACGUCCAUCCCUAUGGGUCGAACAUCCCUCCUGUUACAAGUAACAAGAAGGAUUCUCUCCUUGACAAAUGA